AUGAGUAAUCACAAGGUUAAUGAUUACUGCAAGCUGUUCAAGACCGAGAAUCAUCUUGGGAAUGCUACAGUGACGAGCUUGUUACAUUAUGCAAGAUACUUGUCGAAGAGCUCAAGGGGAACAGUGACCCGGAUAGAAGUAUUUGUAUUACUGACUGCUGCUCUCUUCCUGUUUCUUGCUACCUUUGGAGCAUAUCGUCGCCAGCACAAAAACUUGUUCAUCCUGAAAGUUGUUUUUGGCAUGUGUACCUUAUCCUCCUCACUGAUAACAUACAUAUUCGGUUCAAUGCAAUCUUCUGCAGUGAAGAGCAGCAUGUACUCCAUAUGGGCCAUAUCUCUCUUCCUCCUUCAUGGUUCUACUGACGCUAUGGCGGCUUCUAGUCUCGAUGACACCAGACAGAGCAUUUUAAUAUACACAUACCAUACUUCACUCUGGUAUGUGUAUGUGGUGUUGCUUUUGUUAUCAGUAACAUCAAGUGAUGGUGCCUUUCAUGUUAGCAUGUCGAUUGAUGAUAGUCAUCUAAAAGGUUUACUUACCUGCCCAGUUAUUUUUCUACAUUUCAUUGCUGUACUAAAAUCCUUACAGAGACUAGCGGUGUGUGUGAUGGCAAGCAACACAUGGAAACUGAAUAAAAUGGUUGCUGAUUACAUGUAUGACGAGCACACCAGGGGUGAAUUUGUUCCUGCCACCAUGGAAGGUUGCCAUUACCUGGUUGAUUGGCCCCUCAGCAAAUCCAAGCUUGGUACUUCAUCAUUUGCAACAGUAUUAACAGCAGAGGAUGAUGAAGUCAUUGACAUUGAGAAGAUAUGGCAGUGCAAUGAUAGUUCAAUAGGCCUAGAGCUAAAAUAUGCAUGCCUUUCCUUCUCCCUUUUUCAUCUGUUGAGAAGGCGCUACUUUGGGCUUGCCUGUUGUGAAUCCAAAGAAAGGGCACAUGAUUUUGUCUUCAAGGGGCUGCUAUCAGAGAAUGCUACAGACUGCAAUAGGAUUUUCAGGGUUAUUGAGAUAGAGUUGGCCUUCAUGUAUGAUUGCUUCUUCACCAAGUAUGCUGUCAUUUAUUAUGCAUCAACGGCUGCAACAUUUUGGUCCUUGGCUUCAGUCAUCUGCAUUUCUCUUACAGCAUACACAGUAGCCACCCGUCUGUUGAUCAUUCGAUGUGAUCAGGAUGAGCCCCUUCUUGUGAACACCAAAACGGAGGUUGUGAUCACCUUAUCACUACUUGCAUGCGCUGCUUUGCUUGAAUUGCUGCAGUUGUUACAUUAUUGGACAGCCAUUUGGGCGAGAGUAUCCUAUGUUUGUCAGUUUAUCAGACAGCAAUCAGUAUUGGACAGAAGGGGGUGCCACUGCUUGAUGAGAUUAAAAGAGCUUCUUACCAAGAUUGGUGUUUAUUGUGCGUCAGACAAACACUACUGGCAACACAAGCUUGGGCAGUACUCCUUGCUUGAAUCAGUCAGCUGCAAUUCUAACCCUUCCAAGAAAGAGCAUAGAGUAAUCAACAAAUUCGGGGAAUUUAUAUACUCAGCAGUCAGAUGGUUUACUCUUUUUGAUAGAGCACACAUGCACCGAACUAGUUAUGAUGCAUCAGUGAUCUGCAUGAAACCUGGUAAACCCAUCGAGUUGCCUACAGAAGUAAAGGAGGCAAUUGUCCAUUCCCUUGAACGUACUGAUGGCAAACUAACAAAUGGGAAUUCAUCGUUGGUGUCAAAUGGAGCAGAGCACCUCCUAUGGGCUUGUGGACAGGACAUCUACCCAAAUAUAAGCCGCUUCCUGGGAAAGGAGAACCAGACGCACCUUAUCAUGACUUGGCACAUAGCAACAUGUUACUGUGAGAUGACAACAAUGAAAAACCUUCGCUCAGAUGAUGAAGAAAAACUCAGGCCCCAUCUUGACGUUGCCACGAAACUAUCAAAAUACUGUGCGUACUUGGUGGUCUCUGCACGAAAGCUUCUUCCUGGCCACCGAUAUGAUACACUGUCUGUGCUUGAUGCAGUUGCAGUGGAAGCAACCAAAUUCCUGAAAAAUUCGAGGGACAGGUAUGAAGUGAUGAGGAAUUUAGCAGAAUCAGAGGAGACCAUCUUCGAGGGCGGCACCAAGCUGGGGAAGCAGCUCGAGGAGAUUGAAGAUGUGACACACCGUUGGAAGGUGCUGGCUGAUUUCUGGGCAGAGAUGUUGCUCUACCUUGCGCCAUCAGAUAAUGUUAAGGAGCACAUCGAGGAGCUCGGGAAUGGUGGGGAGUUCAUCACGCACCUGUGGGCUUUACUCACUCAUGCGGGCAUCCUUGAGAGGCAGGAGGAUCAUCAAGUUGGAAGCGUGUAA